AUGGAAGACAGUAGAAAAGAUGGAGAGGUAUUAUCAGAGAGACUUAUCCGACCUCAGACAAAAACGUUGGACAGGCCUACCCACAACUUUGAUCUACCUGUGGUUGACAGCGAUCCUGAGACAUGCAAAUCGAAGAAUGCACACAAGACAGUGGCUGUUCAUAGGUUUUCUAGGUAUAGUAUGCCACCACAGAAUGAUUUUCAUAGAGCUGUGAACAAAAAACCUAAACAGGUUCACAGUAAAAAUACUAAACAUAGUCCAGGAUCAAGUACCGACAGGUCUUAUGAUUCCAUCCAGGCUGGUCAUAACGGUAGCAGAAUCCCAUUAACACAACCUGGCCAUAAUUCAAAAAAUUAUUUUUAUAACCGUCGUUUGCCACUUCCUUGUAAGACGUGUACCCGAAGCGUCGCCCCAGAGCGUCUGCACAGCCACAGUACAAAUGGUUGGAAUAAAUUCCACAAAGGUCAGAUCUCUAAGAAGCACGCCGAGGACAAAUUAAAAGAAUCGGACACGAAGCACAACCAGAAUAUUGAAACAGAUAGUUCAGUGGAAGAGAAGGUCGAGACGAGUAAGAAUGACGAUUCAACUAAACGAGUCAAUAAACGUAAGACUCGAACCAAAUCUAAAGUGUCCACUUUUCAACAAUCUCGACGACCGGUUGCAGAAUCACAGGCGGACGAAUCAACUUCAGACAGCUAUGCCGAAUCCACCAACUCAAAAGUUUCAUCAGGACCUUUAACAACAGCUUGUUACGUCUGUGGACAAGAGUUUGAUAGCCAUUUGAUUUCCAAUCAUGAACCCCAGUGUUUGCAGAAAUGGCGUCUUACAAAUGAAGCCCUGCCACAGGAACAAAGACAUGCAGAACCACAGAAACCCGAGUCUGAUAAUACCUCGCCACAUGACGAUUACAAUGACGCUUCGUGGCAAGCAUUUCAAGCUCAACUCGUUCCAUGCCCAAACUGUGGUCGAACAUUUUUUCCUGACCGCUUGCCUGUUCACCAGAGGGCGUGCAAAUCUAAAAGUAAUGGUGGAGCUCGAAAAACUAAAGUUGUAAACAACUAUUUUAAUAAGGAAACUGAAGAACUGCAGGCGCCUAGAGAAAUUGUUCAAAAAAAGAGUCAUCUUAUCACUUGCUACAUCUGUGGUCAAGAGUCUGACACCAAUUCCGUCUCUUUCCACGAGUCGCAAUGCUUACAGAAGCGGAGAAUAGAAAACUGUAAACUGUCUAAAGAAACAAAGAGACCUGAAUCCCCCAAACACGAAACAAUAACCCGAGAAGACGACACGACAGACUAUGAUGCCAUGGCUCAAGAGGCUUGGCAAAUCCACUUGGAACAACUAGUACCGUGUUGUCGUUGUGGUCGUACCUUCUUUCCCGACCGUUUAGCUGUGCAUAGCAGAAGCUGCAAAGGUCAAGGUCAGGUUGCUGAGCACUCACCUCGCCUACCAACUAGAGGAACUGAACCACUAGAACCCUAA